CUCCUGUGCUUGGGGGCAGCCAUCGCGGUGUUCACUAUUGUGUGCGGCUGAGGGAGGAAGAAAAAAAGAGGAGGAGGGAGCAGAGGAGGGAAAGAAAACCUGUCUCUUUGUGUGGGGAGGACUUCGGCAGGAAAGUGAUUUUGUGAUUGUUUUAAGUUUGCCAGCAAAGUGAGGCUCUCUUCCCUCCCCUCCUGCCCGCCUCCCGCACCCUACCUGACCCGGGGGCAUCUGGCUCUAUGUGCCUCCGCUGCCCCUCGGCCACAUGCGAAUGUGCUCCUCUGGGCCGGCGAAACAGCGACACCCGGGCUCCCUGACGAUGAGAGCCGACGUCAGACCGGUUCCCAUGAAUAUUGAUGUGGAGGAUAGUCUGUUUCAUAGAAGAACAGAAGGAGGCAAGAUGGCUGCCCUUUAGGAUUGGUUAAAGAGGAGAUCCAGACGGCUUGUUGGAAUUUCUACAGAGUGGAGGGACGUAAAAAAAAAAAAGGAGGACGGACAAAGGGCAGCCCUGUGGAUGGACUCUGAGCAGGCCAGAUGGAAACGGAACAGGCCAGACAUGAGACGGAAGAAAAUCUGAUAUUAGCACAAUUUGGCACAUCUCGCAACAUCUCUAACAAACUUCAGAAUGGCGGCCAGUCUUCGGAGGGAGAUUCCCAGCAGAUCACUGGGGACGCGGGCUGGAACCAUUACAAGGCCAACCCCAUGAAGAGGCACAGGGAGAACUGCGACAGUCCAGUCUCGGCCCAGGUGCUGUUUGAUCAAGGAUCCCACGUUAUGAACGGAGAACUGAUGAAUGGAGAGUUGAAGCAUGCUCUCGCCGAGCAGUCCCUGCUGGCCCACCAGCCCAAGAAACUCAAAGUAGAACCUGAGAUCAAAAGAAAUGACAACAUGACCUCGGAUUUGGUGGAUAGCUUCCCUGAGCUGACAAAAGCAGCCGAGUUUGAGAGCAAUACCUCGCAGUCAGAGCUCAAAUUAGACAAGAGGAAUUGUAAUUUUCCUAAUGGGGAUUUUUUCUGUCUACCCAGGAACAAGCACGCCUCGAUUCCGAACGGUGCUUUAUCACCCCCGUCGACAAUUGACAGCACUCCAGGUGAUCUCUUAGAGAAAACCUUAUCUCAGUAUUAUCCUGAGCACGUGUCAAUCGCACCACAAACAUCUGGGUCACAGCUAGACGCUGUCAACGGUUCACGGGCAAAUAAGCUGCCAAGUGAUGGGGCGCAACCUCCAUCUCUAACCUCAGGGUUUCCCCAUUCGGCUCAGAGGCCGGACCAACAGCAACAGCAGCCCGGGGCGUCGGGCAAUAUUGAAGGAGGCAACAAUUACAACUCCGGCAACUAUGUGGUGAAUGGAUUCUCCCACAGCUUUGAAGCAGAGCAGCACCAGCAGCAGCAGCAACAACGACAACAACAGCAUCAGCAGCGGCCACCAUCUUACUCGGGUCAGGAGCUGUGCCAGGGUCAGCACCCGGGCAUGGUCCCGCCUUCGAACACUGCCAAUAACACACAACAACAACAACAACAUCAAAACGGCCCACGGUGCUAUCCAGAGGACACAAACCCUCAAGGUAUAUACAAGAAGGUCAACCAAGAGUUUAACCAGAACUCGUUCCUGGAUCGCGAUGCUCCUGGACAGGCAGCGGAGACGGGCGGAUAUGCGUCCUUUCCCAACUCCGGGUUACAGAAGAUGGGGCAAAGUGAUGAACCCAGGUCUGGUCAGCAUCAGCGCAUUAGCGCUGACAGGGGCCAGUAUGGGAUCCAACCCCAGACCUUCAAACACGGUGCUGGGAACUCGCAUCGAGCCGACAGCGCGGGACCCGUGGGCCCCGGUCUCCAGCAGCCGAGUCAGGCCGGUUUGGAAAACGGGAUGGAGCACACGCCUCAGCAGAGGGCCAACUUGUCAUGUUCGACUCCCCACCAGAGAGGCUGGGCAGAGCUGAACUCCUCGCAGUCCCAGCAGCACCUAGCAAGCGGCCAGUCGCCCCAGGGACAGGAGCCGGCGAUGUGGAGGGGCUUCCCUGGUAAGCCUCAGUCCGAGCAGCAGACAGCUAACCCACAGGUUCACGGCCACAUGUUGGAGCCAAAUCCAGGCCAACGGUUCCAGACACAGGCGGGUUUCCCAGAUGGCAGCCAGAGCGCCAACAGCUUCCAGCAGCAACAGCAGGACCGGCUCCCGGCCCAGCACAACACUGCCUCUGAGUGGCAGCAAUCAAAUACGAAAGUACCUCAAAUGCAGCAGCCUCUACCCCAGAAAAUGCCCGAGCAGCGCCAUUUCCACCCAGAUCAGCAGGUAGACGGACGCUACCACACCCAGAUGCAGUCGGAGCAAUUGUGCGAGGACCCUGACCUGCAGGACAUACUGUCACCAGGGUUUUUACCCACGCAGCAACAGCAGCACUGUCAUCUCCCGCGUCCCCUGUCCCACCCGCCGCAGUUCGAAGGGCAGCAACUCAAGUCCCCCGAUUACAGACCCCGCAGUCAGCCCCAGCCAGGUCAGCAUCAGCACCAGCCCAACCAGCCCCUCAGAAACAACUCCGCUCAGCCCGACAACCAACAAGCGCCGCGCGGCGACCGCGAAGCCUUCAGCUACGACAACGCGACGGACAUGCAGCGGUUCCGGCAGCACCAGAGGCAGUUUCCACCAGACUCGGGCGGCGGCCUCAAGCAAUUUCACCCGCAGCAGCCAAACAACCCCUGCCACCAGCCCGGCCACGGGGACUUCUCCCAGGGCCCGGCGCAGUCGCAGCCUCCCCCGCUGAAUCAGCAGAUGUACCCCAAAGCGGAGCAGCAAGGGCCGACACCGUGCGGCCAGUUCCAAGGGGGGCCUCGGCUGCCUCUGGCGCCCGCGGGUCCCCACGGAGACUUUCAGAGGCACGCGGCCCUGCGUAUGCACCUGCUACAGAGGCAGGAGCGCCAGGGCCCUCCUCCUCCCCCACUCCAGGGCACUAUGGACCCCAAACACGGCCUGAGAGCAGUGAAGCUGGAGGACGACUCCCGCUUCGAGUUGCCGUGCUCCCAGCAGCGAGGGCAGCCGUUGGCGAUGCGAGAGGCGGGGCCGGGCGGCGCGCACAUCAAGCAGGAGAAUCCCCCGCCCCUGUGCGAGCAGGGCAAGAGGCCGGGAAACAUCUUGGCCUCCAUGGAGCAGAGCCUGAGGCAGUACCAGCUGUCGCCUGUGUUCGAGAAGAAAUCCCUCGUCGUCAACUCGGCAAAUCGAGUCAAGGUGGAAUCCUCGGGACCCGUCACGAUCCUCUCGACCAACGCCGACUUGUGCGGCGCUGAGCCGGCUGCCCCGCCGGCCACCACCAGUCUAAAGAGACCACACGAUUCCACCCCGAAGAAGGAACACCUCCUGCAGGGCUUCAUGGACUCUCCUAUGAAGCUGUUGGAUACCCCUAUCAGGAACCUCCUGGACACCCCCAUGAAAACACAAUACGACAUUGCAUCCUGUCACUGUGUUGAACAAAUCAGUGAGAAGGACGAAGGACCAUACUACACGCACUUGGGGGCCGCGCCGACUGUUGCCGGUAUUCGGGAGAGGAUGGAGAAAAGGUCUGGUCUAACUGGUCCCGCCAUCAGGAUUGAGAAAAUAGUAUACACCGGCAAGGAAGGAAAAAGUACACAAGGGUGCCCCAUAGCCAAAUGGGUGAUUCGCCGGUCCGGUGUGGAUGAAAAGCUACUGGUGCUGGUGCGGGAACGCAAUGGUCACAAAUGUGAGACGGCCUGCAUCGUCGUCGUGAUCCUGGUCUGGGAGGGCAUCCUGCCCAGCCUGGCCGACCGCCUGUACCUCGAGCUCAGCGAAACUCUAACAAAGCACGGAGCCCACACCCAGAGACGGUGCUCCAUCAAUGAGGAGAGGACCUGUGUGUGCCAGGGGUUGAAUCCAGAUGCCUGCGGGGCAUCUUUCUCUUUCGGCUGCUCUUGGAGCAUGUACUACAACGGUUGCAAGUUUGCUCGCAGCAAAAUCCCAAGAAAAUUCAAGCUACUGGGAGAUGAUAUGAAAGAGGUGGGAGCAGCUCGGCUCAGUUCAUAUAAUAAGCUGCUCAUCAUUAAGCUACUUAACAGUUUGCUGCUUUUUGGCUUUCAGGAAGAAAAACUGGAGCACAACUUUCAAAAUCUAGCAACCAUAUUGGGUCCCUUGUAUAAAACUUUGGCACCUGACGCUUAUGGAAACCAGGUGGAACAUGAACAAAGGGCUCCCGAUUGUCGCCUGGGGCUCAAGGAGGGCUGUCCCUUCUCUGGGGUGACUGCUUGUCUGGACUUCUGUGCCCAUGCUCACAGAGACCUCCACAACAUGCAGGGUGGCAGCACUGUGGUGUGUACAUUAACGAGUGAGGACAACCGAGUCAUUGGAAAGAUCCCGGAGGACGAGCAGCUCCACGUGCUGCCCCUGUACAAGGCUUCCAACACGGAUGAAUUUGGCAGCGAGGAGGGUCAGCAGGAGAAAAUCAAAUCAGGCGCCAUCCAAGUCCUCAGUGCCUUCCGCCGCCAGGUGCGCAUGCUUUCAGAGCCCGCCAAGUCUUGCCGGCAGAAGAAGCUGGACGCUAAGAAGGCGGCCGCCAACAAGAUCGCAAUGCUGGACAACGAAAAGGCCGAGAAGGCCCUCCUGGCCAAGUCCAAAGCUGGCACUUACGAGAACCCCGCCCAGAGCACUAUGGCAGGACCUAUUCAAGGCGCCAUGGGGUCGAUCCUACAGUCGGGUCAGCCGACGCACCCCCUAGGGGCCCAUCAUCAUCAUCAGCAACAACAACAACAGCAGCAACAACAGCACCAGAGCAUACUGCCCCCUUACCCUGGCUCAACAAAUGUAGCCAGCUACCCCAGGUUCCCCAACCAGCCGGGGGCCUUUCCAAGCACUUCCAAGCCGGGCGCCAUGUAUCCCCCUCAGCCACCGACACCAGCCGGCCCUUACCCCUCCGCCUACAUCAACGGAACCAAUCGUCCAUAUCCAGGUUAUCAGUGCAACGGAGGAAUGCCCCUCGACAACUGUCACCCGUACUAUGCCUCGAACCCAAAGCACCUGGACACGUUCCGACAGCAGCGGCCCGCACUUUACUCGGAGCAGCAGCAGCAGCAGCAGUACGGCGCGCAUCAGCGCUACGAGGUCAGCUACCCGCCGAGGUACGCCGAGCCGGGUCUACAGGUGAACGGCUACGACGCCUGCGGCAUGAGGCCGGGUCACCCCAUGAGACCGUACGGGCCGUAUGGCGCCAACGGAGCCUCGGACCCCCAGUUCGUGGACCCCCUCUCGAGGGCGCCCUCGGCUCACGGAGGCCUCGACUACGCAGCUGCCGUGAGCAAAGGCAAUCAGUUUGGAGGGUAUCCAAACCCUUACUUGACCCGGAGCCCUCAAAUCUUCGCCCCGGGCCAAGAGCCUUUCCAUAUGCAAAUCAAGACGGAGACGGGCACGCCGCGCCCGCAGGUGCUUUCUGCUCCGUUAGGCGGCGGGUGCUACAACCCCGAAACACAGGCGGGCUCAGGUCCGCCUAACGGGGGCCUCGCGGGUAUCAAGCAGGAGCCCGGAGCGCCGCAGACACCCACGACCCCACAAAAGCCUGAGGUGUGGUCGGACAACGAGCACAACUUCUUGGACCCGGACAUCGGCGGCGUGGCGGUGGCGCCGAGCCACGGCUCGGUCCUCAUCGAGUGCGCCAAGCGGGAGCUGCACGCCACCACGCCCAUCAAGAACCCCGACCGCACGCACCCCACGCGCAUCUCCUUGGUCUUCUACCAGCACAAAAACAUGAACGAGGCCAAGCACGGCCUGGCCCUGUGGGAGGCCAAGAUGGCGGAGAAGGCCCGAGAGAAGGAGGAGGACGCCGAGAGGAACGGCGGCGAGGGGACGCCGAGCAAAGGCAGGAAGGGGGCCAAGCGGGAGCACACGGAGGCCGAGUCCACCGGGGAGCCGCCUUACAAGCGGUUCAUCCAGGCGCUGAUGGAGGGGUCCUCGUCGUGCACGACCAACACCCACGUGAGCACCACGCCGUACGCCUUCACCAAGGUCACGGGGCCCUACAGUCAGUUCGCGUGAGAAGCCUUCGCCAAGAAGGCCAAACGUGCGAAACGGGUGCUUUGUUUUUGGUGACGAGGGCCGCGAGGCUCCACUCGGCCUCCUCUGAACCUUCCGGCCACGCCGACGGGAGUUUGAAUCACCUUUCGCAUCAGGACCUUUCACCUCUUUAACAAUCAAGCUUUACUCGUUGACCCUGCAAAGGAUCUAUUUAUUUUUUGGUUUGGCAACUUUUUUGCAAGAAACACACUGUCGACAUCUCUGGUGCUUUCAGUCAGAAACACAAGGACCUAUUUUUAAUGGAAACAAAUUUUCAUUUUCGGGGGGGGGCUUUAUUUUUCUUACUAAAUUGUACUCUUUGGCAUAAAACACUGACUUUGUAAGUGACAACAUUCACGGUGCUAAAGUGUAUGCUUCUUACCAUUUAUUUAAAUUCAAAUGCCUUCACACUAUGACCAUAACUCACUCUACGAGUGACACCCAAUGAACAAGGCACUGAAAACAGCAUCACUCGAUCAAAUGAUCAGCAUCAUCAUGUUUUACGGCAAGUCAGUGCUUAUUAGGGCACUUUUUGAUAAUGUGAGUUCAAUGUUUUGGUAUUCUUGAAAUCUGGUUAUACUACAUGGAGAGUAAUCAAUUUCUCAGCAUCACUAAAAUUAAAUUGAUGAAUUUAUAACUGUGGAUAGUUUGAGAAAUCCAUGAAACAUGCAAAAAUAUGUUUUUAAUCUCCCUUUGUGUUGGUGCUUCUCUAGCUUACCUAUGUCAUUUAUACUGUAAAUCGAGCCAUUCUUGUGGUGCAUUUCUAACAUUUUGAGGAAAUAAUUUUUUGGUUAUUUCAGUUUUUUCCAGGUUUACUUGUUGUCACCAACUGGUUUUAAUGUUCCUCGCCUUGGGUUCAUUGAACAAACCUGGACUGUGAAUAUUUCAUGUAGUUUUGUGUCUGUGGUGCUUAGGAAAUAAUGUUUUUCUACACUGAGAAACAUGAAACAGGGUAAGCCCGGUGUCAAUUUCAGAGGGCAGCUGGCUUGCUGUGGGGUCUUUUAAUUCUUGUGAUCUAAACUGUAAGAUAAACAGGUAAGAUUUGUACAGUAAAUUAAUUUCCCUUUUUUGGAAUUACUGUUAGAGAGUUUGUGUUGUAAAGAAUGCUAACGGCCUAUUUCCUUGUAUUUCUUUGGGUUAAACUGAUCAUGAGGUGCUAUCCAACCUACAUACAACGUGAGACUGUUUGGACAGCGGGAAGGCUUUUAAAUAAUGUACAGUACAAACCUGUCAUAUACCUCAAAACUAGUUUGGCAAUAGGUUUACAACCUAUUUCUCCUUCUUUUGUAUAUUGCUUUCGAGAUAACAGUUCAACGUCAGGCCUCUAGAAGGCAUAGCAGUUCCUUUCUUACUUUCUUCUUUCUGCUAGAAAGUAUUAUUUGAACUUGACUCUUUGAUGUUACUGUAAAAUCAGGGACAUUUUCAACCCAGUCUGCGUUCGCCGCCUGUCUUCAUGUGGUAUUUCUCUCAUUCAGGUACUUUUCAUUGCUUCCUGAAUCUGAUUUGUGUCAACUUCACAAAGACAAAAAGAAAUAUUUUGCCAGGAUGACGAUACUUUCCUGCAGUUUUUCACUUAUAUUUUAAGGUAAUCUUUUAAAAAUGAAUUUGAACAUAUAUGCACUGAGUUGACUAAAGGGAAAGUAUGACAUUGGCUCAGUAUUUAGGAGACAAGACCAGGGCAGUGAUUAACGUAGUUGCACAUCUUUGUGCCAGUGUAUAGUUAAAUUUAUUUAUAACCACUAAGCAAUUGUAUAAUGAUUUUUCUUCCCCGUCUAUUUGAUUGAAUUAACGCGAUAUAUAUAGCAGAAUGUCAUGUUAUAGUAACAAUUUACCCCACACUUCAACAGAUUCAUUUUCUGAAAGCACUUCAUUUCUUUUUCAGGAAAAAAAAAAUGUAAUAAAGAAUUACAAAACGUUUUAUUUAAAUAGAUUGUAAAUGUGUUUAAAAAAUAAAUAAAUUAUGUCACAUUGUACAUACCAGAAGCCUGUAAUGCAGGAAUACAACUCCUUCUUUGAUGUUGAUGUAGGUUCUUCUUGUUCUGUCAAAUUGACCCACAGCUCCCCUCAUCAGCGAUGCUCCUCAUAGCUUUAGAUAUUCUUUCAGGUUACCAGAAUGAUCAUCUUUAGAUUAUCCAGAACGUCUGUAAACGUAUGCUCACUGUCACGGCAACGUUCACAGUCAUAGCUGACCGUUAGUCGCUCUAGUUUUUUUUUUUUUUUUUUUUUAAACUGUUCCAAUUUUUGUAAAAUACUUUGUCAUAAGAAAAUGUCGGAUUUUGUUGUACAAGACCCAGCUACAGUAGCAGGUUGUGGUUAAGAAAGCCGAGGUGUCUAAGAUAUAGCGGGUUAAAAACAUAGCCAUACUUGAAGAUGCUUCAGAGUAGAGUCAACGUUACUUGAAUGACUUUCUGGGCUGAACUGGUGCCGGUAUGUGCUCAGCUCAAAAGGUUAAACUAGCGGUUGAUACGCACUUGGACUUUUUGCAGUUAGACACUAAGGGUAAAAAAGAAAAGUGCAACUUUUUGCCUGUCAUUUUAUUUUUUAAGGCUUCCCUUGUUCUCCUGAAGUUUGGUAUGCUACAAAAAAAUGGAAUUAAUGAUGGGUAUUAAUACUGUAAGUAUUGUAAUGUAAUGGAUGCAGUUUAUUUGAAAGCUGUUUAUUAUAUCAUUCCUGAUAU